AUGUUGGUCAACACGAUUGCCCACGCGCUGGCGCAUUCUUUGCAUCCAGUGGUGGCCGUUCUUGCGGUGCCUUUGCUCCUGGUCGCCCUGGAAGUGCUAUGGAUCGUCUACGCCAGGACUUUGCAUCCCCUGGCAGAUGUGCCCGGACCAUGGCUCGCCUCUGUGAGCCGGCUGUGGGUUAUGCGCCGGCUCAAAGUCGGCGACAUGGACAAAGUGCAGCGCAACCUGCAUCGCAAGUACGGGCCGCUGAUUCGGAUCGCGCCCAACGAGAUCGCCUGUGCCGACCCGGAGGCCAUCAAGCUGCUUUACAGGACUGCCGCGCCAUUGACGAAGACCGAUUUCUAUCCUGUCUGGGGCAACCCCCGUAUGUCGAAAUAUCGAGACAACUUCUCCCAAGUUGACGAGAGGAUGCACUCGGAGCGACGCAGGAUUGUCAAUCAUGUGUACAGCUUGUCCAACGUGCUCCAGUCCGAAGCGUCCAUUGACAGCGUCACGACGGUCAUGGUCGACAAGCUCACUCAGAUGGCCCAGACUGGCCGUGACUGUGACCUGGGGACCUGGAUCCAAUGGUAUACUUUUGAUGUCAUCGGAGAACUGUUCUUUGGUCGUAUGUUCGGAUUCCUCGAGCAAGGCGCAGACUAUAAGUCGUGGAUCUCUUCACUGGAUGCUCUCAUGCCAGGAUUCUGUCAAGUCGCCGUGGCACCCACUUAUCUGCGGCCUUUUAUUCUCUUGUCUUCGCUUUUCGACCAGAAAAUGAAGGCCGCCAUCAAAUGCACCGAGACGAUGGAGGUUGCAGCCCGGGAAGGUGUCGCGCGGAGGCAGGCAGAGCUGGACCAGGGUUCCUCGACCUCUGCUAGCCGGGACUUGCUGCAGCAACUGUUCAACAUCCAGCGAGAGAAGGGCGAAAAGCUGGAUUUCUCCAGGAGAGAAGUCGAGCAGGAAGCAUACAUUGCACUGCUGGCUGGCUCCGAUACCACGGCGAUUGCCAUUCGUUCCAUCUUUUACCACAUUGUCAAAGAUCGGAAAGUAUAUCAACGGCUCCGCGCCGAGAUUGACGAGGCCAAUGCCGCGGGAGAGCUUUCUUUCCCUGUCAAGCAUGCGCAAGCGCUGAAAUUGCCCUACUUGUGCGCUUGCAUCAAAGAAGGCAUGCGCAUGCAUCCGAGUGUCGGCUUAACCUUGCCACGAUUGAUGCCCGUGGGUGGUUUACAGAUCAGCGACAAAUAUGUUCCUGAAGGGUAUAGAGUUGGUGUCAAUGCUGCAGUGGUCCAUUUCGACAGAAACAUCUUCGGUGAGGACGCCCACCUGUUCCGACCGGAGCGUUGGCUUGAUCCUGCUGCCGCCGCCAAUAUGGAUAGAUACAUGUUCCAGUUUGGUUAUGGCACCAGAACAUGUAUCGGGAAGAAUAUCUCUUUGGCAGAGAUGCACAAGCUUGUACCUUCCGUUCUUACCAAACUGGAUAUCGAAUGGAGGGAUGAGGGGAGGUCCUGGUCCACCAAAAACCAUUGGUUCGUCAAACAGACCGGUAUCAAUGUCCGACUGAAGAUGCGGUCUUGA